GUUGGUCGUCCAGAUGCGUGCAAAUGACGUAUGCGCUAAAAAGCUACCUGGUCAACCGGGCCCGCCCGCAGGCCAGACGCAUGUGAACAGCUUGCUUGCUUCCUCCUUUGCAGACCUUGUCACUCUCAUCACACGACUCCGUUAUCUCUCACUCUGCGCGCCCUCUCUUGUUCAUCUGCAUCCGCUCCCAUUUCCCACUUACACCUCCCGCGUAUACUCCCAAUCACUCCUCAUCCUCUCGCACCACACUAGCCACCAUGUCGUACGCUGAUGCUGCUGCCAAGGGCCCCAAGCAGAGCCCUGAAGAAUCGCGCUCCGGCCUUGCCCGUAGUCGAGAAAUCCGACGACUCGGUCGCUUCGCUCAUCGAUGUUGACUCCCCUCACGUCUCUUCGGUGCCAUCAGACUUCGAAUCUCAAUCCGUCAAGACCGACACACAAGCCGAGCGCAUCGACCGCGAAGCUGAGGCCCGCGAAGCGCGCGAGAAGGCGCAAGCAGCCGCAGACAAGGCCAAAGCUAAGGCAGCUCGGGGAGGUCAGUACGCCAGGGCCAACAGCGACAACCCCGUUGUGCUAGGCAAUGCGUUGACGGUCGGAAUCUUCACCACCGUCAUCGGUGUUGGUGCCUACAGGAAGUACGUCCGGGACGAGCUGUCUUGGAAGGUUGUGGGUGCCUGGGCGGGUGUUGUCGGUCUGUUCGGUGUCGCCGAUUACUACGUGUCGCAAUACUUUUUCCAAAAGUACCCCCCCAAGAAAUAG